AUGGAGGAUACUCAGCACAUCAAGCAAUCAGCCUCAACGGAUGAAUCACAGCAAGUCCCUGUCAAUCCAAAAGCCCUACGACGCGGCAAUCCUCCCCCUAAGCAUCCAAUCGAGUAUUGGGAAGAGCGCUUACUUGGCAAGAGGCUCUACCGCGAUGACAAGGAAAUCCCACCCGAGGAAACAGAUGUAAUCAUCUUUUGCCUUCUUCUGAGGUGA